GCACUGACGAUCGGUGCCGUAUGGGACCCCCUCUUAUGGCCGUGGGCUCUGAGUCUAUGCGGGGCUCUAUUGCUGCUGUUGGCCGAGUGCCAGACGGAGGCGCCCACUCUGUUGGCCGGUGUGCCCAGUGAUGGACAGAACCGACCCAAAGCCUAUCUACUGUUCGCCGGAAGGGUACUAACGCUUCUCAUAUUCGUCACAAGCCUUGGCCUACACCUGGAAAACGUGUUUCAAAUCAUGCGACGGGUGAUAGUCGUCGUACUCAUGGCGGCCGUCACUAUCGGCUAUAAGACCAAACUGUCGGCCCUUUUGCUGGUCGCGUGGUUCACGGACUCAAACAACAAAUUGCUAAGCUUUAUACAUCACAUCUCGAUCAUCGGCGGCCUCUUAAUGGUCGUACACUUAGGACCGGGAGAUCUAUCAGUAGAUAACUACAAGAAGGACGUGUAA